GUAUUUCCCUGGGCUGCUCCUCUUCUGUGCAAUGCCACCUGUAAAACCUGCUGCGGUCAGGAGCAAGGACUGUAGUACAGCAGGGUUCGUUCUGCUCUCACUUGCUGUGGGGAUGCAGUUGCACGGUGGGACCAGCUUUGGUGCCUCGCAUGGGGGCUAAGGCCAGAACUCACCCUUCCGUAGCAGGAGAAGAGAGCACCAUAUACUGGAACAGAUUGUCCUGGCAGGGGCUAGGUCUAUGGUUUGCUUUCCCUAAGAGGAGUUCUUGAGUCGCUGUGCAUCACUAGAAAAGGCUUGAGUGUGAGACAAAGCUGAGUCAGAGAGGAGAGAGAGAGAAGCUCCUGCUUUAUGCAGCGAUGGCUGCCCGCUGCUCCUGUGUUUCAUCUCCCUGGUUUUAGAGCGGCUGUCUGAGUGUUCACUCUGACCGGGAUGGGAACACGAUGGGUUAUCACUGCCCUUUUUCUCUCCUCCUCAUCACUCUCCCUUGUGUGUGUGGCACUGAUUUGUUUCUUCUCUUUUCCCUUUUCUUUCUGUCCCACAGACUUUGAAGCGGCUCAUGGCAGAUGAGCUGGAGCGAUUCACCAGCAUACGGAUAAAGAAGGAGAAGGAAAAAUCCAAUGUGGCUCAUAGGAAUUCCUCAGCCUCCCAAAUGGAUGUUCCUAAUACGGGCCAGAUGCUGCAGGAAAUCACAGAUGAGGACGUGCUGCUCCUCUUCGAACAGAUGCUGGUCGACAUGAAUUUGAAUGAGGAAAAGCAGCAGCCUCUGAGGGAAAAGGACAUAAUAAUCAAAAGAGAGAUGGUAUCCCAGUAUCUACAUACCUCCAAAGCGGGCAUGAGUCAGAAGGAGAGCUCCAAGUCCGCCAUGAUCUAUAUCCAGGAGCUGAAAUCAAACCUCAGGGACGCCCAGUUGCUCAGUUGUUUGGAGUCUCUUCGAGUGUCACUCAACAACAACCCUGUCAGCUGGGUACAGAAUUUCGGGGCAGAGGGCCUCAACUGCCUGCUGGACAUAUUAAAAAGACUCCAUGACGAGAAGGACGAGGCACCCAGCUCCUAUGACACGCGCAGCAAACACGAGAUCAUCCGAUGCCUGAAGGCUUUCAUGAACAACAAGUUUGGAAUCAAGACAAUGCUAGAAACUGAGGAGGGGAUCUUGCUGUUGGUGAGAGCUGUUGACCCCAAAGUCCCUUCCAUGAUGAUAGAUGCUGUGAAGCUGCUGUCUGCUCUCUGUAUCCUGCCGCAGCCUGAGGAUAUGCAUGAGCGUGUUCUGGAGGCGCUGACUCAGCGAGCGGACGUGGAGGAGGUGGAGCGAUUUGGUCCCUUGUUGGACGGUCUAAAGGGCAGGACCUCCGUGGCACUGAAGGUAGCCUGCAUGCAGCUGAUCAAUGCCCUUAUCAUCCCCGCCGAUGAGCUUGACUUCCGAGUCCACAUUCGAAGUGAACUGAUGCGUUCUGGGCUGCUGCACGUCCUUACGGAGCUGCGGAAACUGGAGAACGAGGAGCUGAAGGUGCAGCUGACUGUGUUUGAAGAGCAUGGCGAGGAGGAUUCUGAAGACCUCAGGAGCCGCCUUGACGACAUUCGCAUGGAAAUGGAUGACUUCAGUGACGUGUUCCAGAUUCUCCUCAACACAGUAAAGGACUCCAAAGCAGAGCCAUUCUUCCUCUCCAUCCUGCAGCACCUGCUGCUCAUCCGCAACGAUUAUGACGCCAGGCCUCAGUACUAUAAGCUGGUUGAUGAAUGCAUUUCCCAGAUCGUUUUGCAUAAGAAUGGUGCUGAUCCAGACUUCAAAUGCAAGCGCCUCAACAUUAACAUUGAGGGGCUAAUAGAUAACUUGAUCGAUCAAACGAAGGUGGAGAAAAGUGAGGCCAAGGCAGUGGAGCUGGAGAAAAAGCUGGACUCAGAGCUGACUGCACGGCACGAGCUUCAGGUGGAAAUGAAGAAGAUGGAAAGCGACUUUGAACAGAAACUCCUGGGUUUAGAUGGAGAGAAGCAGUCCCUGGACAAGGAGAAAAAGCAGCUCGCCCUAGAGAAGCAGAGUCUGGAGAGCCAAGUCUCCGAGAAGAACGAGGAGAUUACGAAGCUGUCAAAGGAGCUUGAAGAUACUAAGAGGGAAAUGGCUGCGUUAGCGUCUCAAGCUGCCUCUUUGAGCAGAAAGGGCGUCCUAGCGAGCGUGCGGAGGGAGAGCGGAGGGCCCAGGACAGCGUCGUGGGCACCUGUGGGAGGGAGGGGUGGUCUGGACCCACGGGCUGACCGUGCCCCAUGCUCCCCGCAGAUUGUGGCUGAGGAGCUCUCCCAGGACUGUUUCUGGACCCGGGUGAAAGAAGAUCGCUUUGAGAACGACGAGCUCUUCGCCAAGCUGACGCUCACCUUCUCUGCCCAGGCCAAGUCCUCCAAGGCAAAGCAAGAGCAGGAGGGCAGCCAGGAGAAGAGUGUGCAGAAGAAAAAGGUCAAAGAGCUGAAAGUGCUGGAUUCCAAGAGUGCCCAGAAUCUCUCAAUUUUCCUGGGCUCCUUCCGUAUGCCUUACGAGGAGAUCAAGAACAUGAUCCUGGAGGUGAACGAGGCUGUGCUGACGGAGUCCAUGGUGCAGAACCUGAUUAAGCAGAUGCCUGAGUCGGAGCAGCUGAAGAUGCUGGCAGAGCUGGGAGAUGAAUACAGCGAGCUGGCCGAGCCGGAGCAGUUUGGGGUUGUGAUCAGCUCCGUCUCCCGCCUGCGGCCCCGGCUCCAUGCCAUCCUCUUCAAGCUGCAGUUUAAUGAGCAGGUGGAGAACAUCAAGCCUGAGAUUGUCUCGGUGACAGCGGCCUGCGAGGAGGUGCGCCAAAGCCAGAGCUUUUCCAGCCUGCUGGAGAUCACCUUACUGGUGGGCAACUACAUGAAUGCAGGCUCCAGGAACGCUGGCGCCUUUGGCUUCAACAUUAGCUUCCUCUGCAAGCUCCGAGACACCAAGUCCACUGACCAGAAGUUAACGUUGCUGCAUUUCCUGACUGAGCUGUGUGAGCAGAAGUACCCGGAGGUCAUGAAGUUCCCCGAUGAGCUGAUCCACGUGGAGAAAGCUAGUCGAGUCUCGGCCGAGAAUUUACAGAAGAAUUUGGAUCAGAUGAAGAAGCAGAUUGCAGACCUGCAGCGCGAUGUCGAGAAUUUCCCCGCUGCCACGGACAAGAAGGACAAAUUUGUGGAAAAAAUGAGCCUCUUUGUGCGGGACGCGCAGGAGCAGUAUGAAAAGCUGCGAAUGAUGCACUCGAACAUGGAGAACCUCUACAAGGAGAUGGGCCAGUACUUCCUGUUCGACCCCAAGAAAGUGUCUGUGGAGGAGUUCUUCGUGGAUCUGCACAACUUCAGGAACAUGUUCCUGCAAGCUGUCAAGGAGAACCAGAAGCGGCGGGAGACAGAGGAGAAGAUGCGCCGAGCGAAGCUGGCCAAGGAGAAGGCGGAGAAGGAACGACUGGAGAAGCAGCAGAAGAGAGAGCAGCUGAUAGACAUGAGUGCAGAGGGCGAUGAGACCGGGGUGAUGGACAGCCUGCUGGAGGCCCUGCAGUCAGGAGCAGCGUUCCGGAGGAAGAGAGGCCCGCGCCAGGGUAAGUUGGGGUCGGCUGGGCCCGUUACCCUUCCUUCAGCAGUGACCGGAGGCGCGUGCGGCCCCCGUCCCAGGCGCUGAUCCGAACGGUUCGCCAGAGACGCUGGGUGCUGCUCCUUGCACGCCGCGCCUGCUCGCUCCAGGGACCCGCCGGCCGCUUGACCCCGGUGGCCUGGAGCUCCGCUGGGGGCAGAAGGGAGGAACGCGUGGGCCAGACGCUCUGGCGAGCUGCUGCGGGGGCCAGGCCCGAGGAGCACGGCCCCGGGCCAGCGGGUGGAGAGGAGGCGGCUGAUGCCGUGAAUGGGAGGAGAGCGCGCGCAUGUUGGUGUCCUGCGCAGGGGGAUACAGAGGCCAUGGGAAGCAGAUUCAGACCAGCUGGGCUGGCAGAGAAUCGUCUGGGGCUCGCCUGUAGCGGGGCAGCUGUAGAGCAGAGCUAGUUAGGGAGGGUCGAGUGCUUGCUCACGUCCAGGCCACGUUGGGGGGCCGGGCCCCUCUCCCUCGGCAGGAUCCGUAGGGGCAGCUCGUGGAGCGGUGCCCUCGUGGUGCAGUAUGAGGGAGGCCGCAUGCUCCCCGCCCCCGGGCUGCUCCAGCGUUGCUCGGCCUUCCUUCAGGAGCUCGAGCUUCCCCCCACGCCGGCGUUCGCUCCACGCUGACCACUUGUCCGCCAGAGGGGACCACAGACGCUGGGGUCAGCCCCACCUGGCAGAUCUUGGCUGCCAGGGACCAGCUGUUCCGGAUACAGACCAGUGCUCCGUGUCGGCAGCUCAGCCUCCCAGGCGCUCGGUGCUGCCUGUGUCUUUGGCUGCAAAGUGGCUGGCCCCGUGGCAUGCCUGGAUCCCGGGGGGUUUCGCUCAGCGUCAGGUGUUUUAGGUGGGCCGGUGGCCUCAGCGUCUCAUCCCUCUCCAGUGCCUGCAGCCUCGGGGGAGAAGACCCCCAGAUCCCUGUGGGCAAAGGAUCAAACCAUUGAACCAUCCGCGAGCAUUGUGGGCCCUCUGUGCCGUGCUGGCGGAGGCGAUCACAGGGACCCCUCCCCC